AUGCCGCUGCCCGCUCCCAGCCGCGCCCGGGGCCUGCUCCUGCUCCUGGCGUUGCUGCUGCGCUCGCCGGCCCCCGCGGGCGCCCCCGGCCCCGGCCCCGAGUCCGACCCCGAGUCCAGCCCCGACCCCGACCCCGAGUCCGACCCCGAGUCCAGCCCCGACCCCGACCCCGAGUCCAGCCCCGACCCCAGCCCUUACCCCGACUCCGGCCCCGGCCCCGCCGCCGCCGCCCUGCUCCGCGCCCUCGGGCUCCGCCAGGCGCCCCGCGCUGCCCCCACGCGCCGGCCCGUGCCCCCGAUCAUGUGGCGCCUCUUCCGCCGCCGGGACCCCCGGGAGGCCGGGGCCAGCACCCCGCGGCGGCCGUGCCACGUGGAGGAGCUGGGGGUCGCCGGCAACAUCGUGCGCCACAUCGCGGACCCCGGUGCACCGGCGCGGACUGCGUGGCCCGCCGCGCCCGCGGGGCCGUGUCCCGAGUGGACCGUGCUCUUCGACCUGGCGGCCGUGGACCCCGCCGAGCGGCUGAGCCGCGCCCGCCUGGACCUGCGCUUCGCCGCGGCGACCCCGGCCGUGGCCCCGGCGGGCGGCUGGGAGCUGAGCGUGGCGCUCGCCGAGCCCGCCUCCCCGCAGUCCGGCUCCCUGCUGCUGCGCCAGCCGCUGUCCGGCCUGGAGCGCCCGGUGCGCGCCGAGCUGCCGCCCGCCGCCUGGGCCCGCAACGCCUCGGCGCCCCGCAGCCUGCGCCUGGGCCUGGCCCUGCGCGCCCGGGAGCCCGCGGCCUGCGCGCGCCUGGCCGAGGCGGCGCUGCUGCUGGUGAGCCUGGAGACGCGCCGCUGCCCCGCGCCGGGCCGGGCCAGGCGCCAGGCGGGGCCCGGGGGACCUGGGGCGUCCGAGGGGCCCGAGAUGCCCGGGGCGCCCGGAGGGUCCUGGGGUUCGGGGGCGCCCGGGGCCGGCUGCCGCGCGCGGCGCCUCUACCUGAGCUUCCGCGAGGUGGGCUGGCACCGCUGGGUCAUCGCGCCGCGCGGCUUCCUGGCCAACUUCUGCCAGGGCCGCUGCGCGCUGCCCGCGCCCGGGGGCCCGCCGGCGCUCAACCACGCGGUGCUGCGGGCGCUCAUGCUCGCCGCGGCGCCCGGCGCGGGUGCGGGAGGCCCGGCCUGCUGCGUGCCCGCGCGCCUCUCGCCCAUCUCCGUGCUCUUCUUCGACAACAGCGACAACGUGGUGCUGCGCCACUACGAGGACAUGGUGGUGGACGAGUGCGGCUGCCGCUGAGCGCCCCCCAACACUGCGGCGCCCCGAACCCCC